GUGAUGACGUCACGAAACGGCGGCGUUUCUAUAAGAGCGCGGCGGGGGCUGUGGCGUUUCUUUUUCUCGGUUACAAGGGGUUGCGCUCAGGCGCAAACAGGCGAGCGGGGCAAACAUGCCGGUGGCCCGGAGCUGGGUUUGUCGCAAAACCUAUGUGACCCCGCGGAGACCCUUCGAGAAGUCUCGCCUCGACCAAGAGCUGAAGCUGAUCGGCGAGUAUGGGCUCCGGAACAAACGUGAGGUCUGGAGGGUCAAAUUCACCCUGGCCAAGAUCCGCAAGGCCGCCCGGGAGCUGCUGACGCUGGACGAGAAAGACCCGCGGCGGCUGUUUGAAGGCAAUGCUCUGCUGCGGCGACUAGUCCGCAUCGGGGUGCUGGACGAGGGCAAGAUGAAGCUGGAUUACAUCUUGGGUCUGAAGAUAGAGGAUUUCUUGGAGAGGCGCCUGCAGACCCAGGUCUUCAAGCUGGGCUUGGCCAAGUCUAUCCACCACGCCCGCGUGCUGAUCCGCCAGCGCCACAUCAGGGUCCGCAAGCAGGUGGUGAACAUCCCAUCAUUCAUCGUCCGCCUGGAUUCCCAGAAGCACAUCGACUUCUCUCUGCGCUCUCCAUAUGGGGGUGGCCGCCCAGGCCGCGUGAAGAGGAAGAAUGCCAAGAAGGGCCAGGGCGGGGCCGGAGCUGGUGAUGAUGAGGAGGAGGAUUAAGCCCACAGCCUCUGCUGGGCUGGUGGAGUGUUUAGUUUUCCAGUCGGAUAAUAAAGCAGCAUCAACGCUUUGGA